AGCGUACCUGAGUCCCAAAACCUCAACAAGUACUGGGCCCAGAGGUACCGCCUCUUCUCCAGGUUCGACAGAGGCAUCAGGAUUGACGACGAGGGCUGGUACUCGGUGACUCCUGAAAAGAUCGCCCGACAUAUCGCAAACAGGUGCAAGUGUGACGUCAUAGUCGAUGCUUUUUGCGGCAUUGGAGGAAACACCAUACAGUUUGCUUUCACCUGCAAUAAAGUGAUAGCCAUCGACAUCGACCCGCAAAAAAUCUCGUAUGCCCGCCACAAUGCCGCCAUCUAUGGAGUGGCCCACAAAAUUCAGUUCAUCGUGGGAGACUACUUGGUGUUGGCCCCCACCCUGAAGGCUGACGUGGUCUUCUUGAGCCCGCCAUGGGGUGGUCCCAGCUACCUAGAUGCCAAGUUGUUUGAUAUCAAGACUAUGAUGAGUCCCAAUGGAUUUGAAAUAUGGGAGAAGACGAAGCUGAUAACGAGAAACGUCGCAUUCUUCCUGCCAAGAAAUACAGACGUCGAACAAGUCAGCUCGUUGGCCGGCUCAGGUGGCUCUGUAGAGAUCGAGCAGAACCUUCUAAACGGCAAGAUAAAGACGUUAACCGCCUACUUUGGAGAUCUCAUCGACAGCCAAUCAGACGUCAUCAAUUAA